UGCUGCUAUUGGUUCCAACCAUUUGGUUUCUUCUGCAGGUACGUAAGGUGCUCCUCGAAGCAUGGAUCAAGGCUGUGAAACAUUUUAGCCAGCGUAUGACCACGUCUUCUUCCAUUUUGUAUCCGCAUAUCUGGUGCACUACGAGAGAGGAAAAAAUGUCCUGGUGGAAGAAACCGUGUUAAUCCAUCGAACAUGAAGGAAGCCAUCGACAGCCACAAUAUUCUAUCGAUGACUCUUAUCAAUCUGGUUGGCCGCGCAGGUGGAAAAUAAAUGUCGCUACCCUACGGAGGCCAAAGAACAGGAUCUUUUUUGUUCAACAUCCGUUCGGUAUAACAGUACUGAUGGGAAAAGCGUAUACGUAGCCGUCAUCCCUAUCCAUCGAUAAUAAAUAGACCCGAUCGACCUGAGCAACGUACUCGCUAUACCGAUUUAAUGCGUAAACCCCCUUUCCUCUGACAGAUGCAUUAUUCUCCUGGUUCUUGAUAAAAGUUGACGUGGUCUAGGAGAGGGUGUAGAGAAUAUUGUCAGAGAAAAUAGACAAAAGUACAUGGACAACCAGAAAUCGGUAUAAAAAGUGCAGAGUAAUGGAAGAGGGUCUAAUAAAUUUAUGCGAAUAAUAUCGUGUGAUCCAAUACAAUGGAGAAGAACGCGCGAUUUUCUGCGUAACCCAGUGAUUGAUGCACCGGCAUUGGCCGAAGAGUGCAGAAGCGUUCGGAUGCCACGAGAGGGAUUGGAUUUGGGGUGAAUGAGCGGGUCGGGAGGGUGAAGGGUGAUAGGUGAAGGGUAGAGCGAGAGAGUAAAAUAGUGAAAGAGAGAGUGAGAGAGGAGGUCGGAUUUGGCAGUGGUGGAGAAGCAUUGGUGGCAGAAGAACGGUGGGGGUUAGGUGAAUCCGACGGCACCGGGGACGUCGGAGUAUUUAAAGGGGGACCGCGGUCGCCUCGCGCCAGUUCUACGGCCGCUUGGCCCUCGAGGUGUCUUUUUGCUUGAAUACAUUGACUUACUAAACGUCUCGUGGUGCCUUAAGUUUAGCGCGAAUUGAUAAGAUCCCUUUCCACGUGACAUACACGAGAUUUUCGCGCGUUCGUACGCCGUUCCUGAUACCGUGUCUCGGUUUAAAGGUAAUCGUCAAACGUAUGUAUGCUCGGGUCACUGAUAAUUUAAAAGACGUGUGAUAUCUUGUGAGAUAACAGCAAAUAAAGAAAUUUAGUGAAUCUAUUGUGGUGAUUAAUAUUUAAAUUUCGUUUUUGACUUUCUGAUUCUCUGAUAGAAAUUUGGAUAUACAAACAACCAGAUCUAAUAUUCUAUAAUCGAUAUUAGCUUAUUAAAUGAAGCCUGUAAAAUCUAAUUUGGAUUUACUUGUAGAAAAUCAAGAUGCUUGAACGCGAUCCAGAAGGCUGUACCAAUUAAAAGACGUUCUUGUUCGUUAAAUACCACGAUUGUAACAGCCAAUACUAGCUGCUCGCACUGUACCGGUACUAUUAGUAUACGCGAUUCUUGAGAUUCUACAUUGAGUAACUUAUAAUACUAAGGUGCAAGUUAACCGAGUGGAUACCGCAUUAUUAUCUUGCCAACUUCACCGCAUAAUCCCGUAGCUCGAAACACCAAAGAAUUCAGGAUUUAUCUCAGUACUGCAAGGAUUCGCGAUUCGCUGUAAAGAAUAGAAAGAAUAGAUAGAUCGUGAUAGAGAGAAAAUCUCUAUGAAAAAAAAAAAUAUUGGUGUUUAGUGACCCAAAGGUGAAAAAAGUCGAAACUGGACCCGAUGCUGCUGGCGUUGAAGCUCCUUUUAGUGCUGUCGCUUGCCGCGGCUCUUCGGCAAGACAAGACUCUUCACUUCUUCAUAAACUCGACGGACGGAAGUCUUCCGUCUGGAUUCCGAGGAUUUACGGUAACCAGGACACUACGUGACGGAGAAUUGGAGAAGUUCACCAGGUGGACAGGAGUCUGCGCAAGGGAGACCAUCGUCGACUGGGGGGAUACGGACGUUGCACUGAGACAGAUCUGGUUGGAGGAUAGCGGGCGAAAGUUACAGUUAAUUUACGAGGGUGGCACCCUGACCGAUUGCAUCGAGGAGGGUUUUGCCGAGGGUGAGACAGUGGCUGCUUGCUUGGCGGGGCUACAUUCCUAUGAUUACGAUGACGAGGCAAGAAUCGUGGUGUUUGAGAAGGACGAGGACAACGAGAAAUCUUCGACUACACCGGCAGAGCUUUCUUGGCUGCUGCCGGUAUCGGAAUUACAUCAUAGAUGUAACCACGUGAGAUCCAGAAGCCGUAAUGAACUUAUAAUGCGGGAUCAUAGGAACUAUCAUACCUUGACGAGCGCUGUCAAUGGGAAUCGCAGGAAACGACGUGGGAGACGUGGACGUCGGGAACUCCUUUUGAUACCCGGUACCCAAUGGUGCGGCCGCGGUCAUCGCGCUACCAAAUAUACUAACUUGGGCGGCUUUGGUACCGCUGAUUCCUGCUGCCGAAGACACGAUACGGCUUGCCCCUUUUACAUUCCUGCUUUCGAAUCUCGCUAUGGUCUGUUCAACUGGGGCAUUUCUACUAUUAUGCAUUGCGCCUGUGACGAGCGCUUUCGAACGUGUCUCAAGAUGGCCGGUACCUCCUCAGCAAAUUUCAUCGGAAAGCUCUUCUUCAACGUGGUGCAAACGAAGUGCUUCGUUCUGAAACCGCACAAAGUUUGCACGAAACAGUCCUGGCGGGGAAAAUGCGAGCAUCACGUGUACCGAAAGCAGGCAUACCUACGCGACAACGUUUCUUAUUGAUGAGAAACACGGAUAACCUGUGAAUCAGCGUCUAUGCCAAUGAGAUAUUUGAAUAAAUCAUCUUACGUCGGGGACGUCAGUUACUCUCAGGGACGUGAUAACUCAUCAAGUGUCAAAACGACGUAAUUUACUAAUAUUGAAGUAAUUAUAACGAAAAAAGUCGUUUUAAUUGCAUCUGCUAAUGAAAACUUGAAUACGUUUUGAAAGGAUUUCUUCAUAUGAUUUUCGGCUGAUACGUCAAUCGGUUAUGACAAUCAAAUUACUGUUCUCCCAAAAGAAUUUUCUAUGGAAAUUUACAACCCUGUUGAUUCUUUGAAAUUGACAAUACUCCCUUUCUACUAAAUGCUCUCCAAUAUGGAUUAUACCGUGAAUCAAAUAUAAUCUCACACGCAAUGUCUAUAACAAGUAAUGUAUUUAUUCUUGAGGCAUUUGCGAUACUGGCUGGUUGUCUUCCCUAAUCGUAACACGCUCUUUGCCUGUAUAAAUCUGGGAAUUUCUUACUAAACUUGUACACAGUAAAAACUGUUUGGUCGAUAUUUGGUAGAAAAAAGAAUUUAGAUAAGGAAGCUACGUAGCGAAUUUGUGAUAGUACUCAGUCUAUUAAACAGAAUUGAACUAAUAAAGACAUGCACUUUUUCAGGGUCACGCCCCGUUAGUCAAUCUUUUCUUAGUACAUUAGUUACGUCACCAUUACUCAAAGUUAAUGAUCAGAAUUUUUUGAGAUUAUAAUGUUGAUUAAAAAUAACGAGGAAAUAUUUUCACGAGAUCUGAUUAAAUUAAUAGAAUAAAUAAAUCUCGAUCAAAUGACAACUCGUGAUCAAAAUGCUUGAUCCUGGAAUUUUGGCGUAGAUACGUGUAUUUUUAUAGGUAUGCAUAGUAUUGGGAUUUUCGUAAUGAUGCGAAUGAGGGCUAAUCUUAUUGUUAGCCGUUGUUGAAGACCACGAAAGUUUCCAACAAUCAAAUUUACUGGAUUUAGAGAUUUCAAUUUUUUUUUAAAUGGUUAAAACACCUUUAAUAAAAUUUGAUUCGUACUCAAUGAUCUCUUUCAAUAUCUCGGAUAGAACAAGGUAAAAUUAUCAAUGUAUUGUCCCAUCUAAUGAAAUAAUCGCAUCUAAUCGUAAUGUCAUUUUUAAAAUUUAAAAUUUACAACUUCGUUUCAAUAUAACGUCCUGACAAUAAGAGGCUGACAAUAAUGUUAUUAAUGGCCGAUAAUCCUCAAUGUAUUAUAAAAAUGUCUAAAUUCGUCGCUUGAAUUCCAUUGGCUACCAUAAAGCCAGUGGUACUUUAGAGUCAUUGAAAUUAAUUACUUAAGAGAGUCGAUCGGAUUUGAAUAACCUUGGAAAAUUUAAAAAUUCGACAAACUAAUCGAAAAUUCUAUUAUAAUUAUAAUAUUCGGUUCCUCGAAAAUAUCGUAUUAAUAUGCAGUUAGCGUAGUUUUAUGAUGUAUGUAAUGUAUGUAUAGUCAAAUAGAAUUUACAGUAUAUUGAUAGCCUAAAAGAAGCAAUCUAAUUUAAAAUAGAUAUUAGUAUUGAUGAGCCGUAAAGUUACUUAAUAAAAAAAUAAUAUUUAAGGAAAUCGCGUCAGUGAAAUCACAUAUGUCUUAUACUAUAUGUCGGUGCGUUACUGUAUAUAUGUAAAAUAACUUAUAAGAUAAGACAUGUCUACGAUAAUAGUUCAUUUUAAUAUAUUAUGUGAAUAAAGUAAUAGAAUGAAAUAUUCA